AUGACAAAGUCGCGCGGCACCUAUAGCGUGCGUGACGCUCAAAAUGGCGUAGCGACCUCAAAGUCACGCAAGCGCGGUGAUUACGUCUGUGUCAUUCGCCACCUGGACAACACAGAGCACAGCAUUUACAUAUCCGGCAAGGCGACGGGGGAUGAAGUCUUUCGCGCCUUCCUUCGCGAGAUCGAGCCUCUGCCAGAGACAGACUACUUUGCGCUCUACUUUCCUAGCAAAUCACGCACUGUAACGCUCGAGUUUGGCGUCAAAUUCUUUGUGGCGGAUCCCCGCCAACUGCAGCAUGACCACACGCGCUUCUUAUACUAUUGCCAGCUCAAGGAAGAUCUGGCAUCCGGUCGUUUUGUGGCUCCCCACGACGUCUGCUGGCAACUUUGCGCCUACAUUGUGCAGGCUGACAUUGGUGACUUCAACAUCUCUCGAUGUCCAGAGGGUUAUCUCUCCGAUAUGCUCCUGCUGCCAGAUCAAAAGCCUGAAGAUGAGGACGAAAUUCGCAAUCUCCACGUCCAGCUCGAAGACAUGACGGCAGACGAGGCCAUGUUGGCCUUUUUGGAACUGGCCUCACAGCAGUUGCUAUAUGGCUUGGACAUUCAUCCCGUGAUGCUAUCAAAUCGCUUGCCAGGCUAUAUCGGCAUUGGCUGGCGUGGUAUCCGCAUCAUGUCGGAUACCAUGGCCACAGUCGAGUUCUUUCCCUGGGCCCGAUUCCAAAUGAUUACCUUUGACAAUCGCGUUGUCGAUCUCGUGACCAAGGGGCAACUCAACGGACCGGAUACCCACAAUGUGGUCACGUGUACAACCAAGCAACAUGCACAAGCGCUAUGGAUUGCGGGCGUCCAGCGUCAUACCUUUUUUCGCAGACGCCGCCAGCCGCAGCUCAAAACCUCAGGUCUUUUUGAUCGGUCCCAUGAGGCGCUGCGACGAGCCCACAUUAGUCCUCUUGGUCGCACGCAGGAGCAGAUCCUCACAGAGGUCAAGUCUUCACUCGAGUUUUCCACUACUUUUACACCUCGGCCGGUGACGCGCAAUCGUCAUGCCCGCAUGCAGCGUGUUGGCACUGGUGCUUCACGCUCAUACACGGGCGUGGCUCGCGAGUCCAUCUAUCGGCACCGUUCCGCGUCCGUUCCCACGCUCAAUUUGAGCUUUGCGUCCUGGUCUUCCCAUCGCCCAGGAUCCGUCCAGCCCACGGCAGGAUCAGUCAAACGACACUCUGCCGACUUUAGUGUCCUGGAUCCCGUGCCGGCUGCUCAUAACCAAAGCCUCAUUUCGGCCAAUUUGGACGAUGCUGUGCCCCCCACGCAGGCGCGCACGGCCUUUGCCCCGCGCACUUUUGCUGCAUCUCCUGAGCGAAGCUUGGGUAUCGGUGUCAUGAGCACCUUUGCACAUGCUGAAGAGGCAGCCCUGAUGGCAGAAACAGAAAUUUUAGUUGACACUCAUGAUACGGUGGAGCUCAAGCCCUUUGCUCAAGGUGUGCACGAGCCGCGAGUGGCAUUGGUACGCAACGUCGACGAGCUCAACGAGUUUGGUGGUCCUCAUGCUCUGCCCGUCCGCGCUUCGUUCCAUGCGCCCACAAUGUCGGAAAGCAACCAACCAUCGGCCGUGCAUCUUAAUUUCCUACCGCCGCCGCCGGCUGCAGACGAGAGCACAUUCCAUGGGCGCCUCAUUGCUGCAGCAGAGGUGGCGGAAGACCGCUUGGCCUACUAUCGCGUUCUUCGCACCGUGCACUAUGGUGACGUCGUCCUGCACCCGUCCGACAUUGUGGGUUUGACUACGGACGUGAUGCGUGCUGGUGACCACUGUGAAGUCUACCUGCUGCCAUCUUUGGCCAAGCACGUCACUCUCCAUCCUGAAGGUGGUAUGGCGCAAAAGGAGGGUCCCUUUGACGACGUGGAGCAGGGCCUUGGUAUUCUCACAACUCCGGAGCAGAGCCCGCUAGCGCUCAAAGAGCUACCCACCGUCACGCGCCUCAGUACAAUGAUGGCAGGGAUGAGGCAGCGCGAGCUAACGGAGCACCGCGACGAUGCACAACGCGACACCACCGUUGUGUACGAACCCGUGAGCGUACAUGCCGCGGUCACUGCCCCGCGCCCAGUUGUGCUGCUCGGCGCUGGCAAGGCCAACGUGGAGGCAGCAUUGCUGGAGCGCUUUCCUGACGCCUACCGGUUGGUCCGUCAUGACGCGACAGACUCGCAUGGGGAGGCCGAGUCUUAUCGCUUUGUGGAUUUGGAUACCUUCAUCCAUCAAGCCAUGCGCGACGAGUACGCCGAGGUCGUUCGCUAUGGCAGUGACCUGUACGGUCUGCCCUAUGCAUCACUCAGGACCGACGAGGAUGGUCGCCAUCCUGUCAUCCCCAUUUGUGAUCCCCUUGUCAUCACCACGCUGCAGAAACAUGGCGUUUUUCCCAUUGUAAUUUUCCUUGACUGUGACACCUCGCGCCGAGCGCGUCUUGUGAUGCCCCACGACAGUGCUUCUCGUGUACACGCCGAGGUGCAGCUGGCAGCAAAGGUCAAGUCGCACUUUCAUGCUUAUUUCAGUGGCCAAGUGUUCCCUGCCAAUAGCCUGGAAGACGUGGCCGAGGUCGUGCACGAGGUUGUCAGCACAGUUCAGCUGCAUCCCUUUUGGAUUCCCUCCCGCUUGCAUCUCAUGUCCGGGGUCGACCUAAACCUGGAUCUUUUGGAGCUGGAUCGUAAACCCUUGCAGCCCGUGAGCGUGGAUACGGUAGCAACCACGCCGGGGCCCUCCGUGCCCAUUCGUGCACGGUCUCGCGUCACUGCCAUGCCCAUGAUAUACGAUGAGGACGAGGCGGAGGAUGAGGCUACUACUGGGCCGGUCCCCGUUGAGAAGACCGAUGUCGGAGAGACCGCCGUGGAAGCAACUAGCGAGGCGACGAGCAAGGACGUAGACUCACGUCCCAGCAGUGCCGUGAGUCGUACCAUUGUGGACGACGAAUCAGGCUUUUGGGCUACAGAGUCGAUACGGAUUCCACGAACCAUUGCUGGCUAUGGUUUUGGUUUCCGGGAGGGUUCCGAAUCUUGGUGUCAAAACCUACCCGUGGUGACAAGCAUCACAGCUGGGGGUGCCGCGCAUCUUGAUGGCCGCCUGCAAUCUGAAGAUGUCUUGGUGGAGGUGAACGGCAAGGGCCUGGCCUCCAAGAGCUACGUGGAAGUACUGACGAUGAUCCGUGGUCAUUCGGGUGCUCUGCGCAUGACAGUGAAGCGACGCUGCAAGGAAGUCACCCUGUUGGCGAGGGACGGCAAGUACGGCAUGGGCAUUCGAGGUGGUGCUGAUAGCAAAACGCCCGUCCUCAUCUCGCGCAUCGCUGAGGGCUCUGCCGCAGCCGACGAGCCUCAGAUUCAAAUUGGCGAGGAAAUCACGCAUAUCAACGGGACUGAUGUGACUCAGCUGACACACGCCGAGGUACUGGCUCUCAUUAAGUCAAGUCCUAGCUCACUGAACCUGGUCAUCCACCCACGCCGUCCCAAAAAUCGACGUCACAAGGAUGACGAGCCGGUUUUCCGUCGAGCCAGCGCGUUGCCCGAUGUGGAUGAGCAGCCCGAAACGGACGCCGGGGACCAGCCCAUGGUCAUGGCCACAUCCUUCUCAGCUGCUGAUAUGGAAGAUUCCCGAGGCGUAUCAACUUUUUCGUCUGCUUCAGCAACAGCCCCGGCGCCACCUGAGCGACGCACGUCCAUUUUGCGCGAAUUUGGUCAGCUGGACACGUCCACCACCGUUGAUGAUGCUGCGGUCGGCUCGCUUGAGGGUGUAUCAGAUACGCCCAUGGAGUCGGGUGAUGCUCGCACGUUUUCCACAUUUGGUGUCGUCAGCUCCCCUGGGAGCUUGUCCACGUUUGGUACCGAGCCGCAGCCCAUCGCCUCAUCGGUACAAGAUUCCGAGCCUGUGUCUGCGCCUGUUGUGCCCGUGGCACCGGCCCAGCCUGAGCAGGUGGUGCCAGACGAGCCAGUCACCCUAACAUCCUUUGGGGUUGGCAAUAACCAGUCUUCGGAGCCAACAGCCCCCACGGCGCGACCCACGGCACCUCCCACGGCGCCACCCGCGGCACCACCUACAGCGCCACCUACAGCGCCCCCCACGGCUCCGCCUACGGUAACCCCUGUAACAGACAGCAGCAGCAGCAGUGGAAGUGCAGCCCCCCCACCGCCACCACCGCCUGGUCCCGCACCCGCCGCACUGACUGCCAGUCCAACCAAGAUUGUAGUCAAGAAGCGCGAGUCCGAUUCAGACGACAAACCAAAGCCCAUCAAGCAAAGCUCGCAGGCCGACUUACAGGAUCAGCUCUUGGCCGCAACCCAGCGUCGGCGAAAGAUGCUGGAAGACGGGCCAAGCGAGCCUGCCCAGACGGCGGCCGCCCAUGAGGCAACACCCCCGUCUCCCCCGCGAACGCCACACACCGUUUUUACCAGCUCCCCGUCCCUCGAGCGCUCCGAGGUGGCUGAAUCAAACAGCAAAACUGCUACCCCCCCGCCUGUGGCCAAGAAGCCCUCACGGCCCACGAUCGCUGAUAAGCCGACCAAGCCAGCGGUGGCAACCAAGCCUGAGGUGGCAACCAAGCCGGAGGUGGCAACCAAGCCGGAAGUGGCCACCAAGCCAGAAGUGGCCACCAAGCCAGAAGUGGCCACCAAGCCAGAGGUGGCAACCAAGCCAGACGUGGCCAGUAAACCUGCGGCUACUGCCAAGCCCACAGGGGCAGAUGCAUCCAUGGCUGUUGACAACAAAGCCUCGGAAGAGGAAGCUCCCACCGAGCAGGCCUCAAUUGAGUCAGAACCAGCCGCCCCAGCUCCUGUGCCCGUACCUCGUGAACGCCGACCUUCCCAGCCCACUGAGACUGAGACUGAGACUGAGACUGAGACUGAGACUGAGUCCGCGGCACCCGCGCCAAAGCCGCGCCCAGCCAAUGGUAAGAGUAGCAAUCCUUUUGCGGCAAUGAAAAACAACCCCUUCACCAAGAGCAAACUGCGUCAAGAGAUGAGCGCGCCACGACAGAUGGGCAACAAACCUUUGCCUGUUCCCAAGCGCGGCAGCACAAGCGCCAUGAGCGAGACUACUGCUUCUAGCAGCAAGGCUUCGAGCCUGACCGCGCAGCUUCCCAAACCCGCGCCCACCAAGGCAGAGCCAGAGUCCGAGCCCGUGCCUCCGCCGCGCCCGUCGCUCUCAGCUGGUUCCGGAGGCAACAACAAUGGACCUCGCAUCGUGACGGGAAGCUUCCCUGCCAUCUCCGCGAUGCGUCGCGGCCUUGUCAAGUCGCGUGAUUGCAGUUUGGCCUUGAAGCCAGAGAAUGCGGUGCGCAACCGAUACCGGGACAUCUUGCCAUAUGACGACACGCGUGUCAAGCUGGACAGCAGUAACAACGAUUAUAUCAACGCCAAUCAUCUCUCUUUCGAGUCGAAUGGCACCACAUUUUCAUACAUUGCUUCUCAGGCAAGUCUGGGACCGUUUCUUGGUCCCAAGCCGGAAACCUCAGAGCACUUUUGGCAGAUGGUGUGGGAGCAACAAGUGCGGUUGAUCUGCAUGCUGACCACUUUGGUCGAAGGCGGACGAACAAAGUGCCAUCAGUACUGGCCUUCGGCUCCUGGGGACACUUGCCAAUUCGGCGACUUCUCAAUUGUGCUGAAUAAGGAGGCGGCGCGCAAGGGCUACAUUCUACGCGACAUUACGGUGCAACGCGCCAAUGCCAAGGGAAAACGACGUCUUUUUCAGCUGCAGUUUACGGCGUGGCCUGAUCACGGUCUGCCCACGAGUAGCGCUGAAAUGUUGACGUUGGUUAAGGAGAUCAACAACUUGAAGUCUCGCCUUGUCAAGCCCAUGCCGUUGCUCGAAAAAGCAAAGGAGGUCAACAUUCCAGCCAUCCUGUCCCAGCUGCGUGAGCAACGCAUGAAUCUUGUGCAAACUCAGGAUCAAUACAAAUUUGUGUGUGGAACUGUCAUGGCAUUGAGCAAAGGCGCUGGCCCGGGCUUCAAAGUCUGUCCAUAAAGUAUUUUUCCAGCUCUUUGACGUUAGAGGUGCACAGGCCUUUUUCGCCGCUUGAUGAUGUUGUUUGUAAAAUUUUCUUCAGAGGGCAUCAGAAAUCCCUUCAUGCCCUCACAAGUUUUGUUUGGUUCUCUUUAUUUUUUCAAUGUUUCUGUGGAUGCUGUUCACAAGC